UCUCUGAGGUGGGAGGUGGGAAUGAGUUUGGUGUGCACAAGGCACAAAGACAGCCACCCCAGCUGCAUCAGAGCGAGUAGGGGGAGGGCAGGUGGCAGCCAUUGCUUCGGGAAGUUUUUCCUGAGCACCUGCUAUGAGAACACAGUGGGAGCUUCCAUUCUAAGGUGGGAAUAGGCAGACAGCCAAUUCAAGUAUAACAAGAGAAAUGCUAUGGAGAAAAAUCGAUAAGAUGAGGGGACAGAGAACCAGUGGCACUGGGAGGCUAUCUCCAGGUAGAGUAGUUGGCUGCCUCCUUUCUGAGCAGACGACCCGAAGUGGGAAUGAGCCACACAGAUUAGGAAGAGCAUCCUCCAGGCACAAGGAUUAGCAAGUGGAAAGGCCCUGGGGUCACUGAUCAGUAAACAUUAUUUGAGCAUCUCGAUUAGCAAGUGGAAAGGCCCUGGGGUCACUGAUCAGUAAACAUUAUUUGAGCAUCUCUACCAGCCAGACUCUGUUCUGGGCAGUGGGGACAGGGAAGUGGACAAGACCGACGAGGCCCCUCACCAGUCUUGGUCCAAAGUGGCUGAGGGUGCUUGGGGAGCUAGUGAACAAGAUGGGCUCGGGGGACCAAGCCCAAUGUGUGGGCUUUGCUAUUGCUGUUGUCAUUACCUCUGUCAGACAACUUAAGGGCACAGACCUAUCUGUGUCUUCUCUGCCAAGGCUGUGGGCAGCUCUGGGCUCACUUCCCUGGCUUCCCAUGUCCCACAGUCAAGAAGAGCCAAAAGGGCCUUUGAGGCCACCUCAUCCCCCUCCCAGUGUCCAGACAGGAAAGCUGAGGCCCAGAGCAGGGAGGAGUCCUGGCUAAGAUCACUCGUGACGCCCAGACAAGCUCUGACCAAGCCCCCUGCUCCCUGCCAGGCCCUCAUCGGUGUCCCUCCCUGUCUGUCUACUAGCGUGCCCCCCCGUGCUCAGUCAUGACCGUCACCUACUCAAGCCAAGUGGCUAAUGCCCGCUUAGGCUCCUUCUCCCGCCUGCUCCUGUGCUGGCGCGGCAGCAUCUACAAGCUGAUCUAUGGCGAGUUCCUCAUCUUCUUGCUCAGCUACUACAUCAUCCGUUUCAUUUACAGGAUGGCCCUCACGGAGGAACAGCAGGUGAUGUUUGAGAAACUGACUCUGUAUUGCGACAGCUACAUCCAGCUCAUCCCCAUUUCCUUCGUGCUGGGCUUCUACGUGACGCUGGUCGUGACCCGCUGGUGGAACCAGUACGAGAACCUGCCAUGGCCCGAUCGCCUUAUGAACCUGGUGUCGGGCUUGGUGGAGGGCAAGGACGAGCAAGGCCGGCUGCUGCGGCGCACGCUCAUCCGCUACGCCAACCUGGGCAACGUACUGAUCCUGCGCAGCGUCAGCGCCGCAGUCUACAAGCGCUUUCCCAGUUCCCAGCAUCUGGUGAAAGCAGGCUUUAUGACCCCCGCGGAACGCAAGCACUUAGAAAAGCUGAGCUUGCCGCACAACACGUUCUGGGUGCCCUGGGUGUGGUUUGCCAACCUGUCAAUGAAGGCGUGGAUCGGAGGUCGAAUCCGGGACCCUGUCCUGCUCCAGAGCCUGUUGAACGAGAUGAACGUCUUGCGUACUCAGUGUGGACUCCUGUUUGCCUAUGACUGGAUCAGUAUCCCACUGGUGUACACACAGGUGGUGACCGUGGCGGUUUACAGCUUCUUCCUGGCUUGCUUGAUCGGGCGGCAGUUUCUGAACCCGGCCAAGGCCUAUCCUGGCCAUGAGCUGGACCUCGUUGUGCCCGUUUUCACGUUUCUGCAAUUCUUUUUCUAUGCUGGCUGGCUGAAGGUGGCAGAGCAGCUCAUCAACCCAUUUGGAGAGGAUGAUGAUGACUUUGAGACCAACUGGAUUGUCGACAGGAGCCUGCAGGUGUCCCUGUUGGCUGUGGACGAGAUGCACCAGGACCUGCCCCCAAUGGAGCGGGAUAUGUACUGGAAUGAUCCAGAACCACAACCCCCCUAUACAGCUGCUUCCGCCCAGUAUCGUCGACCCUCCUUUUUAGGCUCUACCUUCAACAUCAGUCUGCAUAAGGAAGACAUGGGGUUUCAGGCAAAUCCAGAAGAGGAGGAGGACCCUCAAACUGGCAUCAUUGGCCGCUUCCUAGGGCUACAGUCCCACGACCACCAUCCCCCCAGGACAAACUCAAAGACCAAACUACUGCGACCCAAGAAAGAAGGCCUUCUCCAAGAGGGCCAGCCCAAGAAACUCGGGAGUGCCAGACAGCACCCUAGGAACCAGGAAGGCGGCAAGCCUUGGAAGAUUGAGGAGGAGGAUGAUGUUUUCGAGACUGCUGCACUAUACGGGAGGUCAGGCUACCACAGUGCCCCCCAGACGCCCCUCAGCCACACCCCUAUGGUCUUCCCACCUGGAAAGUCAGCACCCUCCGGCCUUCGCAGAGUCUCAGGCACAGACAGCGCUGUCAAAGACCAAAGCCUACAGCCUGUGACUCCUGACAGAGAGAACAGUUUUGAACUGCUCUCAGAUGGCAUCGGGUCCUCAACGGAGAACCCACAAUCGGGUCACAUGAAGAAGAAAACCGUGGAGUUUAACCUGACCGACGUGUCGGAGACCUCGGAACAUCAUCUCAGAGAAUCACAUUUGGACCAGUCAAGCAACAUAGAGAUAAUACUCAGAAGUCACGGAGAUCCCUACUGGGCCUUGGAAGACAGGGAUGAAGCACACUCUUAGCCUGUUUCCCCGAGAGGGACGUUUCGCCGGCCUGGUCCUACCUGCAUGUACACCAGCGGG